AUGGCACCCGUGUUCUCGCUCCUCUCGACAUUCACGCUCUUUACGGCUCUCGCCACUUCGGUGGUCGCUAACCCUUCUGCGGGUGCAAACCACGUCAGACGUCAGGAUCCUUCUACUGAGGAACUCGUUCCCUUCCUCGACUACGAAGCCAUCAAGCAGGCUGCAGACGCUGCCCUCACCGAGGACCUCGAGCGCCGAGGACUCGUCGAGCCUGGUACCGCUGCGAAGAAGCGUUCUCUCCUCCCUACUUGCCCACGCGUGUCCGUCCGCAAGGAAUGGCGUAAACUCACCAAGGCGGAGAAGAGGGCGUACAUCAAGGCAACAAAGUGCCUUCAGUCCAAGCCAGACUAUGGCAUUUCGCCCAUCUCUGAUAAGAUGUACGAUGCCUUUGUCUACAUCCACGAGAACAACUGGUUCGGUUUCCACGCUACUGCCUCUUUCCCAGUGUGGCACCGUUGGUUCGUCUGGCUCCGUGAAGUCACCCUUCGUGAGCAAUGCGGAUAUUCUGGUCCUACCCCGUACUGGAACUACACCAUGGACUACAAAGACCUCUUUGCCUCGCCCUUCUUCACCGAGCCCGAGACUGGCUUUGGCACCCACGGAACUGUUCCCUACGAGGCCAUGACUGGCGCUACGGGAUACAAAGUCGACAAUGGCGCCUUUGCCAACCUUUUCGUCAAUCUUCCCGAGCCUCACUACCUCACCCGCAACUUUACACUCUGGAAAGAUAGCGAUCCAAACCAGCAGUACGGCAAAGCCUUUGGCAACUGGGUUUCGCCCCAGCAGGUCCAGACGACGCUCGCCGCACAGACGUUCUGGGACUUUGAAAAGGUUCUCGAUGGUAUUGGCGCACCCAUGUCCCUCGGUGUCCAUAACACCGUCCACUUUAACAACAAUGGUGAUUGGUACGGACCAGGAUGGCUUGCCAAUACCAAGUACUUCCCCUUCGCGAGCACGGCUCCUAAUGAUCCUGCAUUCUUCCCUCACCACGCUUAUGUCGACGCCGUGUUCUGGAAGUGGCAGCAAGCCCCCGGACAUCAGUACGACUAUGGAGGAAGCACAAACAUCUCCGACCCAACACAGAACGACGCCAAAAUUACCGACUUGCUGCCGUUCUCUGGCUUCGGGCCUGAUAUCCCCGUUGCGCUCACGCUCAGGACGGAGGCUUUCCCACUCUGCUAUACCUACUCGUUCUAG